AUGUCGUCAUCAACUUCGACAGACGUUCCCAUCAGCAAAGCCGAACUUCAAGCUAAAAUUACGAAAAGGGUUCUAACGAUAUCGCUUAUCGUCGGAUCAUGCACCUAUCUCUACUACCACUACUGCCCGAUUAAUCCUCCUAAUUUCAGGACAGUUGGGGACAAGUUUGCCUACGUUCUGCAGUGCAACAUACCGUCUGCCUGGUUCAUUAUAUCGCUCAUGGCUUACAUCAUUCACAUCAGGGUUAACACUCACCAAAUUAACCCACUGUCGAACAAAGACCUUCACAAACUUGACGUUCCGGCACGGGUUCUCCAAAACACCAUAGAACAAAUAAUUCUCAGCUUGUUUUUUCAACUAACUAGCGCUACCUAUUUCGGAAAUAAGCACAUGAAGUUGAUUCCGGUUUGCGCGUUUUGGUUCCUUCUGGGAAGAAUUUUAUUCUGGAUUGGGUACAACGAUCCGAGAGAGAGUCGGACCAGGAGAGGGAUCGGCUUCAUGUUUACCCUCUCCUCGUAUGUUCUUUUGGCGCUUUUCUCUACGUUCAUCUAUCUGAGAGAUACGGUUCAUUCGGUAUCCAUGCUUUUUUAA